AUGAGAUUCUGGCUUUUGACUGUAAGCCAUCGAGUUACACCAUUUUCCCUCUUGCUGAAACCAUAUGUAGCGGAGAACUUGCUUCCUAACUGGCACAAGUACUCCUUGCACCCCCAGCUCUCAAGAGCAUUACACGCGAAGUCUUUCCUUUCACCAACACCAAUUCAAGAGGCCGCAUUACCCAUGGCCCUUGCCGGAAGAGACGUUAUCGGCGUUGCACAGACGGGUUCUGGAAAAACGCUAGCAUAUGGACUACCUAUCCUGCACCACAUACUCUCGCAACCCAAGCCUUCGCCGAAAACCAAACGACCCCUUCGUGCUCUAGUUCUUGCGCCGACGCGAGAAUUGGCGUUGCAGGUCUCCUCGCAUCUUAACGCAUUGCUGAAUCAUUUAGAAGACUUCUCGUCAGAGAAGACGGUAAAAAAUUCAUCAAAGCCUGCAACGACGGAUGGUAAGACACCCGCAAAGAAGCCGCCCCCACAUGUUAGCGUCGCUGCCAUUGUUGGUGGAAUGUCUUCCCAGAAGCAACGACGGAUACUGGAUAGAGGUGUCGACGUCCUUAUAGCCACCCCAGGGCGUCUUUGGGAUCUAAUGGAAGACGAUGACACACUCGCCCGGGAAAUAAAGAACAUUCGUUUUUUGGUUCUUGAUGAGGCAGAUAGGAUGAUCGAAGCUGGUCAUUUUGCUGAACUUGAGAAUAUUCUUCGUCUGACCCUUCGGGAAUCUGCGUGCUUCAACGACGAUGGCGAACCAAUCCAUGUGGAAGAAGAGGACUCAAAAGAAGGAAUCAAGAAGGACGACCUCCAGACAUUCGUCUUCUCGGCAACUUUGAGCAAAGACCUCCAACGCAAUCUUAAGAAACGCUCUAAAUCAAAGGGUAGCAAGAAACAUUAUAAGCGGAACGAGGCACCUGCAUCAACGCUUGACGACCUUCUCCUCCGUCUCGACUUUCGGGACCCAGACCCUGAAGUAAUUGAUCUCAGUCCUGUAGGUGGUUUGGUGUCGACUUUGCAAGAAGGCAGAAUUGAUUGUUUAUCUGCCGACAAGGACGUUUAUCUCUAUUACUUCUUGCUACGAUACCCCGGCCGAUCCCUCGUUUUUCUAUCCUCGAUCGACGGCAUCCGAAGACUGAUGCCGUUGGUCGAGCUUCUGAACGUGAAAGCGUUCCCCCUACAUUCCCAGCUGGAACAGCGUCAACGUCUGAAAAACCUCGACAGGUUCAAAAAUACUGCAAAUUCGGUCUUGCUCGCUACCGACAUUGCUGCACGUGGCCUUGAUAUACCCGCGGUCGACCACGUUAUUCACUUCCAGAUACCUCGUUCAGCCGAUACCUAUAUUCAUAGAAACGGACGCACGGCGCGUGCGAUGCGCAAAGGGUUCAGCAUGCUGAUGUGUGCCCCGGACGAAAGGAGGCUCGUGAAAGCGCUCCUGGGAAGUUUGAAUCGAGAGGAAAACGAAAUCCCGGAAAUGGCGAUUGAGCUUAGCAUGCUGGAUAAACUGAAAGCGCGAGUUCAGCUUGCGAAGCAGAUAGAGAACACCCAGCAUAAGAUCAAGAAAACGAACCACGACCGGAAUUGGAUGCAAGAGACUGCGGAAGCGCUUGGGGUAGACCUGGAUUCUGAUUUUAUCAGCGACUCGGAUGACGAAACUAAACUAUCAAAUCAGAAACGAAAAGCGAAAGAUGCGAAGAUGGGUGCAUUGAAAGCUGAACUUAAACGACUCCUUUCCCAGCCGCUCAUCGCGAAAGGCAUUUCGACGCGUUAUAUUACCUCAGGAAGCAGACCUAUUGUGGAUGAUCUCCUUGCGGGUGAACGUGAGUCGUUCUUGUGUGACUUUGGAUCAUUUUGCUGA